AUAAUGUCAAUAAUGACUUUGAAGAAACUGACAAAUUAUUACCUGAUUUUUAUUCGUCAAUUAAUGUUACUGUUGUCAAUAAUGAAUUUGAAAGUAAUAAAGAAAUCGAUGUCUUAUUACCUGAUUCUCAUUUGUCAAUCAAUGUUACUGUCAAUACUUCGCAAGCAGUUAGCACCGAUAAUCAAAUUUCAAUUAAUAAUGAAUGCGUUACUGAUAAUCAACAAGCUGAAAAUAAUGGAGAAUUGGUUGAAUCUAUGUUCAAUGAUGAGGAAGUUGAUGAAUUAUUAUCUGAUUCUCAUUCGCCAAUCAAUGUUACUGUCAAUACUUCACAAGCA